UGUGUGUGUGUGGAGGGGGAGUGAGCCGGACGCCGUUUCCCCUCACCCUCCUGCGGGGCCUUUCCCCGUCGUCGGCUCACCUGCGGCGGCCAUGGCGGCGGGACGCGGCUGGUAGGCGGUGUUUGGAGCGCCGGGGCUCGGGCCCCUCGGUGCGGUGGAGCGAGAGUCCUGAAGUUUCUCCUAAUGAUGUUCCACUCACUGGAGCAGAUGAGCAGAGUUAGAAACCACCUCCCUGGUAGGACACAUCUACCCCAGCUUGUGCAGUUGAAGACAGGUGACUGUGUCUUCCGCUGGAGCCCAUGCAGACAAAAUGAUGAAGUCCUCUGUACACGCAGAAGAAGAUGACUUUGUGCCAGAGCUUCAGAGGAGCAUCCAUCCCAGAGAGAGGCCAGACUGGGAGGAGACUCUCAGCGCUAUGGCAAGAGGCGCGGAUAUUCCCGACAUCCCAGGGGAGCUGGCCCUCCGGACCUGCGGCAGCACAGCCAGCAUGAAAGUGAAGAAUGUGAAAAAAUACAUCAACCCGGGACUGAUGGGCUGUGAUGCCUUUCACAGGUUAUCCUUUACAAAGGGUCACUUCCCGAAGAUGGCUGAAUGUGCACAUUUCCAUUAUGAAAACGUGGAUUUCGGCAACAUCCAGCUUUCGCUCCCAGAGGAACAGAAUGAAGUAACAAGAAAUGGCUGUGAAUCCAAGGAACUGGUCUACCUUGUACAGAUCUCUUGUCAGGGGAGGAGCUGGAUCGUGAAGCGCAGUUAUGAAGAUUUCCGAGUCCUGGACAAGCACCUUCACCUGUGUAUUUAUGACCGGCGCUUCUCCCAGCUCUCCGAGCUACCCCGCUCUGAUGCCCUGAAGGACAACCCAGAGCUUGUCACCCAGAUGCUGAUGGCUUACCUGUCACGUCUCUCUGCCAUCGCAGGCAACAAGAUAAACUGUGGGCCUGCUCUCACAUGGAUGGAGAUUGAUAACAAGGGGAAUCACCUGCUAGUCCACGAGGAAUCAUCCAUUAAUGUUCCUGCUAUUGCUGCUGCCCAUGUUAUUAAGAGAUAUAUUGCUCAAGCAGCAGAUGAGCUGUCCUUUGAGGUGGGAGACAUCGUGUCUGUUAUUGAUAUGCCACCAAAGGAGCUGACCACAUGGUGGAGAGGCAAACACGGAUUUCAGGUUGGAUUUUUCCCUAGCGAGUGUGUUGAGCUCAUUAACGACAAAGUUCCUCAGUCCGUGACCAACUCUGUGCCAAAACCAGUCUCCCCUGCCCACGGAGCCCGUCCAGCGUCCUGGAGCUACUUCCCCCCUUAUUUGGAGAUGGAUAGUGUAAAGCCAGGCUCUGCGUAUGUUACAGAGGCUCUGAACCACUCCCAGCCGAGCUCAGUGUCCAAAAAGCACGGCAAGCUCAUCACCUUCCUGAGGACAUUCAUGAAGUCGCGCCCAACCAAGCAGAAGCUGAAGCAACGGGGGAUACUGAAGGAAAGGGUGUUCGGCUGUGACCUGGGGGAGCAUCUUCUCAACUCUGGCCAUGACGUCCCACAGGUCCUCAAGAGCUGCACUGAAUUCAUUGAGAAGCAUGGCAUUGUGGAUGGGAUAUAUCGUCUGUCCGGGAUUGCAUCCAACAUCCAGAAACUGCGCCACGAGUUUGACUCCGAGCAGAUCCCUGACUUGACAAAGGAUAUUUACAUCCAGGACAUCCACUGCGUGGGCUCCCUCUGCAAACUGUACUUCCGUGAGCUCCCGAACCCUCUGCUGACCUACCAGCUCUAUGAGAAGUUCUCAGAUGCUGUUUCUGCUGCUACAGAUGAGGAACGGUUGGUGAAAAUCCACGAUGUCAUCCAGCAGCUGCCCCCUCCUCACUACAGGACACUGGAGUUCCUAAUGAGGCAUUUGGCUCGUCUUGCUGAUUAUUGUUCCAUCACAAACAUGCACACCAAGAACUUAGCGAUUGUCUGGGCUCCAAACCUCCUGAGAUCAAAGCAGAUAGAGUCUGCCUGCUUCAGUGGAACCGCUGCCUUCAUGGAGGUGCGCAUCCAGUCAGUGGUUGUGGAAUUCAUCUUGAACCACGUGGAUGUCCUCUUCAGUUCCAAGCUCAGCUCAGUCAUACGGGAUGGAGCAGGGCACAGCUCUUUAUCACGGCCCAAGUCUCUGUUGGUGUCCUCUCCUUCCACCAAGCUGCUCACACUGGAGGAAGCCCAAGCACGGACACAAGCCCAGAUCAACUCUCCCAUCGUGGCAGACAGCAAAUACAUCGAAGUGGGAGAAGGCCCUGCAGCUUUACAGGGGAAAUUCCACACAGUCAUAGACUUCCCAUCCGAAAGGAAGAGGCCUCCCAGCAAGAUGAAGAAGUCUCCAGUUGGCAGCUGGCGUUCCUUCUUCAACCUGGGAAAAUCCUCCUCCGUGUCCAAACGCAAGCUGCAGCGCAAUCCCAGCGAGCCCUCGGAAAUGAAAGCCAUAGCCCUGGCAGGUGGACGCGGAGACAGCGGGACUCUUCGCUCAGCUAAGAGUGAAGAAUCACUCACCUCCCUGCAUGCUGUUGAUGGUGAAUCUAAACUCUUUAGGCCCAGAAGACCUAGGUCCAGUAGCGAUGCAUUGUCUGCUUCCUUCAACGGAGAGCUCUUGGGAAACAUGAAUCGCUGCAAUUCUUAUGACAACCUUCCCCACGAUGACAGCGAUGGGGAUGAGGGGCUCAUCCACGUUCCUGCCCUCAUUUCUCCUCGGUCUGCUGAAGAUGUUGACCUGAGCCCACCUGAUAUCGGAGUCGCAAGCCUGGAUUUUGACCCGAUGUCUUUUCAGUGCAGCCCACCCCAAGCAGAGUCCGAGUGCCUGGAUAGCAGUACGUCCCUGCUGGAGUCCGUUGGCAUAAAUAAGGAGAAGCCAAGCCUACUAAAGAAAGAUGUAGAAUCAGGCAGCCAGUCGCAGACACCAGGCAGUGCCACGAGCUCCGAGCCAGUCUCCCCUUUCCACGAGAAGAUGAGUCCCUUCUUCACUCUGGACCUGAGCCCCACGGAAGAGAAGAGCUGCAAACCCCCCACGUUCUCACCCAAGAUGGGCCGGAAACCCAUCAUAUCUCCACCACUGACUACACCAGAACCCGUCUCCUUCGCGCUGCCCAGCCGCAUGCCAGAAGCCACUGGGGCAGUGCCCGUCACAUCCAGAAACUCCUCUGCUUCCAGCUGGAGCAAAGGGAUUGGCAUGACUGAAAUCACAAACAGGUCCCCAACCCAGAUGUCCUUGCCCCUGAAAAACAGUGAAACAGGAGCAGGGGAAGGAGCCCAUCAAGAGCUACAGCACACGCAGCUAGUGACUGCUGGCAAAGCAGAGUUGCCAGAAGAAGGGGAGAGACCAAUGUCAAGCAGUCAGAAUAAGACUGUACCCACUGGACACACACAGCCAGGAGCAGUUGCCCUCGACUCCCCCCAGGAUCCUGUUCCCGUCAGUUCUGUGUCUCUUAUCCCUCCUCCUCCUCCGAAAAACGCGGCGCGCAUGCUGGCCCUAGCGUUAGCCGAGUCUGCGCAGCAAGCGUCCGCUCACUCUCAGAAAAGGCCAGGAGAUGCUCAUGCUGAAAGCACAAAUUAUGGAGAGGCUGAAGCUGGCACAGCUCUAGAAAAGCUCCAUCUCUCUGCCGGUGCUCCAGACAAGCUCCACCUCUAUACUGGUCUGCCCGAGAGCCGACUUCACUUCCAGACGGGUGCACCAGUAGAGCAGGAUUUCCAAGGUAGCAGCAGCACACCCGGGGAGCAGAACCACCCACCGGGUGCACCUGGAAGCCAGGACCCCCUUCCACCUCUCCACACCCCCGGGGACGUGCCUGGCAGCAGAGAUGCAGAGCAGGAGCAGUCCAGCUUCCAUCCUGGUAAACCGGGGGACCAAGACCACUUCCCCUCCUCCCAUGCUGGGGACUGGGAUCACACCCCCCCCCACCCUCCUGACUGGGAGCCACCCGCAGCAGACUUGCCUGUAGAUAAGCCCCAGCUCCGCACCUGUGGGGCUGGGGACAAGCACCACAUUCCCAUCUGCACAGCUGAUGACAAGCUUCAGUCUCCUCCUGUCCUAAGUGCCGGGGAGAAAAGCACCCCGGCCUCCCUGCCGUACUUAGCACCCAUCCAGACAGCAGCAGCUGAGCCUCAGCGGGGACCGGCGGGUGCCACCACGACGCAGGCAGAGGUGGUGGUGCCAGCGCCGCGCACAGCACCGGGCAGCAGCCAGCCCGCCCCGGCACAGCGCCACGAUCCCCAGGCGGCAACGGGACAAGUGCCGGUGGCCUCCACUAAAGCACCCAGUGCUUCCAAUCAGGUAUGGGCCACAGCCACACCUGAGAAGCCACCGGAGCCCACACCUGGCUUUGUCCCAGAAGGCAGUUCCACCACCCGCUGCUCCUCCUCUUCUGUGCCCACGGGUCACCAGAGCCAUGUGGAAAAGCCUCGGGAGAUGACGAGGGCUCCCCCGCUGCACCUGCGGUCUGAGUCCGUCCCUACUCACCCCUCCUACAGCUUCACACCCCCUGUCCCACCUGUGAGAACGCUGGAGAGCAAGAUCGCUGCCGCCAUGCACUCGAACAACGCAGACCCCAUCAACAACUCCAACUACCACGCUUUCCUCUCUUCCUCCAUGCUGGCCUCCUCCAUGGAGGAAGCCCUGCUGCCGCCGCCACCACCGCCCCCUCCUCCCAAGCACGCUUCCCUGCAGACCGUGUACGUGCCGCAUCCCAAGCCAGAGAGCAUCCCCGAGCCCUCUGGUCCAGACAGCUACCUGCACCACAAACCAGCUUCCGUCCACCAGUACAGGCCCGAGAGCGUUCCUCCGCACAUGUACCACAGCAAGCCCGACCAGCACCAAGCCUACCCUCCUCGCUCCGAGACGCCCGCGUCUGCGGGCACUCGCUACAACACCUACACCACCCAAGGGAAGAGCACCUCUGCCCUGCACUCCAAGCCUCGCAGAGAGUUUGUGUCCUCCGUGAGCCCAACGGGGCUGCGCAGCGCCGGCUAUGCCGAGGAUGCUCCCCCCUACCCCACAAUCCGGAGGGUGCAGUCGCUGCACGUGCCCACCCCUGCUGCCUCCGCUAUCCGCUCUGUUCCCAUUUCACGGACCGAGGUCCCUCCGGAUGAUGAGCCAGUGUACUGCCCGCGGCCCCUCUAUCAGUACAAGCCAUAUCAGCCCCACUCCGACUACCACGUAACUCAGCUGCAGCCUUACUUUGAGAACGGGAGGGUGCAUUACCGGUACAGCCCUUACUCCAGCUCUUCUGCAUCCUCUUACUACACCACUGCUGAUGGGAGCUUUUACGACCUGGAUCCCUACAGCACCGUGCGGGUCCGGCCUUUCCAUCCCUUGCCCAGCCGAGACUUUGCCUCCUAUGCCUCACGGCUGCAGAGCAAGGGCCUGUACCGCUACCCCAGCUUGUCAGCCUACCCUCGGGGUGGCCUCAUCGGCCACCUUGCAGGCAAAGAGCACAGCUUCAUCAGCAGAGACGUGCCACCUGCCCCAGACAUCAAGCACAUGUACAUGUCCUGGGACCUGGAGGACAUGGAGAAGUACCGCAUGCAGUCCAUUCGCCGGGAGAGCCGCACGCGCCAGAAGGUGAAAGGGCCGGUGAUGUCCCAGUAUGAUAACGUGGCCCCACUGCUGCAGGAGGAUCUGGGAGGACUGGAUGUGAUACACUUGCGCAGCAAGUCAGAUCCUGGGAAAACUGGCCUCCUCACCGUGGCAGAAGGGAAGGAGGGGAGGUACCCGGCCAAAGCAGCUACGCCCGAGGGCGAGGAGCGUUACUACAUGCAGCACCCUGAGCCAGAGCUGGAGAGAGCCCACUACCACGGGGCCUACGGGAAUGGGCAGUCAGAGAAGCCAUCCCUUCCCCAGAAGCAGAGCAGCAUCCGGAACAGGAAGCUUCAUGAGCCAGGCUGCAGCACAAACGAACACAGGACACACUUGCAGCAGGAAGCGAGCCAUAGGCAGCCUUCUGAACCCAAAAACGGGCCCCCUUAUCCCGACUACAGGCCCAAAGGUGGCCCCGAGCCCUCUGAGCCCAUCGGUUACCAGCAUGCGGGCAGCAAGUACAUCCCGGGGAACCAGGAGACCCUGAGACUGAACCACAAGGAGGUGAGGUUGGCAGAGGACAGGCCAGACUUGGAGAGGUCUCGAGGCAGACCCACCACGUCCAUGGAGAAACACUCCAGAGACUGCUAUAAGGAAGAGGAACACGCUGCCUCCCCUAUGGCACCGCCGCCCAAGCCCGAACGGAGCCACAGCCUCAGAAUGCAGCACCCCGACCCCAUGGAGAGGGACUCAGCCCUGCUCUACCCGUACCAAACCCUUGGGAAACGCCAAAGCACUAUGACUGUGGUGUCCCAGUAUGAUAAUUUGGAGGAUUACCAUACCAUGCCUCAGCACCAAAGAGGGGGCUAUGUUGGAGGAGGGGGGUUUGUGCCCCCCAGUUUUACCCAUGUGCACAGUAGAACUUACGCCACGGCGCUCGGCCAGGGAGCCUUCCUCCCAACGGAGCUGUGUUUGCAGAGGCCUGAAACAGAGGUCCAUGUCGAGUGAGUUGGUGGGGGGGAAGGUGGGAUAGAGUCUAAGCAGCCUCUGCUGGACAGUGGACUGUUUUAUUUUUUCAGUGAUGGAAAAAAAACCCCACAAACACAAACCAAUCCUGCCCCGAUGAGCAAAGCAAACCCCCCUGCAGCACCCCAGCCCCGCCACUCACUGUUUUUAUGUAGUAGAGAUAGAGCUUUUCCAUGUAGUUUUGAGACAACUGGAAUGAUAGGGCAGGCUCUUGGCACACAGACGUUGCCAGAGAGGCCGGGCAGAGCUGAAAGAGAUGCUGUUGGGGCAGGGAGGGGAGGAAAUGCUUGUCCUUCCCCACCUUUGCCAUUGGCAGUUAGCGCCACGUCCUCCCCAUGCAUGAGGAACUGUGCAUGCAGCUCUUUUCCCUUCCUACUGCCAGCUUCUCAGCAAGGGGCUCCAUACAGGCCUUGGAAAACCAAUGUUCUGCCCCCCCACAAGGUUGCACAGCAAGAACUGGAUGGGGGGGGAAGAAUUCCCAAGUAUUUUCCUGAUAAAUGCUGAGGUCUCCCUUGAAAAUUAGUGCUUAGGCCUCGUGGAUCCAUUUCAAUUGCUUUGAAGUGGGUGGGAGCCAGUUUUCACUUGAAGCCUGUGGAAUAGGCUCUGAAGCAAGCUCAGAAUACAGCACACAGUCUAAAUUGCUCACUUCCAAGCUGUUUCUGACUACAAGAAAUCAAUUACUUGCAAUUUCUAUGGGAGCCAAGUAGGGCAGUUUGCAUUUCGCAUACCAAAAGGAACAACACAAAACCACACCAAACCAUGCACACCCCUUGGGAACAGCACGCCCAUUUCAUGCCAAUUCCUCUUUACUGCUAGGCUGUCUCCGGUCCAGGCAAUGUGAUGCUGUGUUGUGGCUGGCCAGACAGCAUCAUCUCUACAAAACAAUACUAUAAAGUCUCUUAAGCGUUCUGUCCAGCUUGUAAAUUGGAGCCAGACAUACCAGCUGGGAAUGACUGUGUAAGUGUGGAGUUACCUGCAUGACCAGCUAUUAGCCCCGGGCCAGAUUCUGCAGCUCUUAGAUCAGGGAAUGCUCCUGUUGACCUCAAGGAAGGUCUCCAGGACAUGGCUUUCUGUAACCUUUAAGUUCUGUGUUGGCAGGGGGAUCCCUGUGAAGCUGUGGCACAUACAGAGUUAGUUACGUGAUGUCUGUGUGCUGUGAAAUAGCGUUGCCUCCCGUAUUGCAAUAGAAGCUCAUACCAGUGUUCAGUUAGCAGUAGGGACAGAAGGUCAGUGCGCUCUUUAAUACCCUAACCACGUUGUCCUAGGUAUUUAAAAGCUUUCCAUAUUGUCAAAGAGAAGAAAAAUGGGCAUCCCAGGAUGCCCUACAACCUCACCUUAUAAAGCACAUCCAUUUCAUUAAGCAGGGCUUUGCAAGCAAUACUUGAGACUGAAUUAGUUUUUACAUGUUCACCAAGAAAUUCCAAGGCCAUUCCUGUUCUGUGUGGUUGAAGGAAGAGCUUUUCUACCCGUGUUGAAUCUCUUAAACGUUUUAUUAAAACCCUGGAGGUUCUGCAGUCAGCACACAGCUGUUAAAGCUCACAAUGAUAGAACAAAACUUCCAUGGCUGUUUUAAAUCGCAAAGAAAGCCUGUUUCUAGUUGCUACCUAGCCUUUAACUUCUUUUUCAUCAUGUAGCCCCAUCUGGGGCUGUUGCAGUGGCACCACCUCCUGGUCCUGUUUCAUUGUGCAGUGCUGUUGGUUUAAACAUCAUGUUGAGAAGAGUGGUUCUGCGGUGUUACACAACUGAAUCUGGCAGCAGUGGGGGGGAAUGGGAUAAAGGAAAAAGCAGCAGUGUGAGCCAGGUUACCACCAUCUCCUUGGGAGUCAUCACCAGGUUAGAGGGGUCAGGGUUUUGUAAUGUUUUCUUUGGAGGAAAAGUAACAAGAAUAGAUAGAAAGGGGCCACGAGGUGAGCCAUGUUGGGCAUUGCUAGCUGACUCCAUAGGGAAGGGCUGACCUGUCCGGGUUCCUCAGUGCAAGCGCACCAAGUGAGUCCACUGUUGAGUACCUGCUCUCUCAAUAGAGGUGUGUGUUGUAUUAGGACUAGUAGCAGUCUUCAGGCAUUGUAGUACAGUCUCCCCACAACUGCCAAGUUACCUGCUGAGAUCUCCAGUCAAAGCAGGGACAACGUGUUUGGUUCAGGCUAUUUGGGAUUCAGGUAAUGAGAGCUGGAGGUCAACCUUCUCUCUCUGUGGAAGCCUUAACUCCCCACUCCUGCCCCACAGCAACUCUCCUAACCUCCAGUUUGGCCUUAGGUUAACCAGGACUAUCCUGCUAUGAGGGAGCUGAGUCCAGCUCCCAGGAAUUGUCAAUGCCUCCCUGGAUUUUCCUGCUCAAAGCCACUGUCUCCCUCUAGUGCCAUCCUUGGACAAUUUCUGUUCCUUACGGGCUUGUCACUACUCCUGCCUGAGCCUGGGCCCUGCAGCUCGGUGCAUUGUGUGAGGUGCCAAGUACCCUGUCACCCAUGGGAAGGAAAAGCUGUAAAGGGCUUCUGGAAGUGAGGUGGCUGCUACACGCAGCCUUCCUCUUGAGAAUAAGGUCUCCAUCUAAAAAAGGCAUCAGAGAACUUACUGUCCCUCUGCACACAGCCACAUGAGCGCGUACUUCAAGGGCUGCAAGCUCUCCGAGAGCCCAAAGUAACUGCUGUACGUUAGUGUUGAGCCACAAGGGCAAAAAGGCAAACAGAAAGCAAGGUUAAGGCACCAGCUUUUCCCAGAGAAUAGUACACCAGCACCUUUCUUUUAGUGUAGCUACUGCCCAUGGCUUAAACAUUGAGUACAAUUCAGGAGGCGUCCCGCAUCCACCCCGCACAAAGCCAUACAGUGAACUAUGCAGUCCUUUUGUACUGUGGUUAUCCUCAUCAACUGAGUCAGCAUCAAGUCAAAACAUCCCCAAAUCAUAGCUGAGCUUACAGAGGGCAUCACGCAUCAGGGUGAGGAGGGGGGGGUUACACCAGAUGUGUGAGUAGGACCUGUGAGUUGGUCGUUCAGUUCUUAGUGUCCUAGCAGAGAAAUGGGAGGGCAACACAAAAAACACUUAUUGCAAGUCCCAUUCUGCCCAGAGUAGUAAUUCCUUGCCUAGCCCUAUCUCCAGUGGUACGACAAGCGGCUGUGUUCUGAAGUAACACCCUUCUAAGUUGCCACAAGCUGUCUGCAUCUGAAAUUGCCACUUCCCAGGUUUCCAGCCAAGGUUCUCCCUAACGCACGCAGGUGACACUGGAUUGUCACCUCUGCUUCAGAGCAGAGACUUUAGAGCCAGGGGGAGUGCAGAUGUUGGGUAAUGAGGACCUAGUCCCUGUGAAGUCUUAAGUAAAGCAUUAAUGUCUCCCUUUUAAAGAGUCUUUAUCAGGUGAAAUCUAUAUGCCCAGACAAAACACCCACAACUUUGUGCCUAUUGUCUUUCCAGAGGUCCUGGCUUUAUGCUCAUCGUUUGAAGGGCGGGGGGGGGGGGUCAGUAAGGAUUGCACAGUGGUAGUAAGUUGCUGCACCAAACCAAAACCAACUUGAAAACCUGCUGUUCCUCUCUACCUCCAGAGAGGGACAGACCCUCAUGCGUACUCUGGUCAUCAGUACAGUGACUGAAGCAUUAGGAAACAUGGAUGAAAACCUGGUUUGCUUCCCUUAGAGGCAGCUUAGGAGAGCAGCAGUUUCCCCAGAGCCUCGUGCUGCAGAUCCCUGAUGGUGAAAGGCAUGGUCUGGUCCCAACAGACAUAAAACCUGUGUGUGUGGAGCCUUGCCUCAUCCGGUUGUGGGGAGGGAGGAGGAAAGGGUUGUUUUGCAGUUCCUUUUCCUGCUGUAAAAGACUUGAUUUUUCUUUCCCUGAGCCGCAUGAGAGAAAAACCUCGCAGAAAGUCUUGGGUUCCCUUUGGAGUUCCCUUCACUUUAAUUUAUAGAGUGUCUUUUUUUGUGAACUGGUGUAAAAUGUAUAUGCUGACAAGCUCCUGUAUUUUUAUGUAAAUAUUUUUUGUGGUUUUCUCCCCUUGCCCUUCUCUGUAAAUAUUUAGGAUUCUCAUCUUCUCACCUUGUAUGAUGCAGAUGUGGUUUUGUUUCUGGUUUUUAUUUGUACUGUAAUGCAACAAUCCAGACUGAGGUGUCUUGUGGUAUUAAACAAAAGCAACAGUCCCACUGAGCUCACACUCAGAUGUGCAACUUGACAGCAUUAAUCAAGCCAGGUUAUAAACUA